AUGUCUAACCAAACCUCCUUUAACAAGACCAUCAAGUGCUUUAUAUCUCUAGAUUUCGAACCUCAACCUGUGUCCAGCCUACCACAAACUAUCCCUGCAAUAUGGAUAGCAGUCAGCUCGAUCAACGGCCUUACAGCCCCAUUGAUACUAGGUAUCAAUCUGUUAGUAAUUUGGACAGUAUUAGAAGAUGAGCGUCUUCGUAAUACAACCUACAAUAUCUUGCUGGCCACUUUGGCCUUCACUGAUCUUUUGAUGGGGCUCAUCGUCCAACCAACCUCAGUAGCUCUAAACAUUUGUCUUUUAUUGGAAUGUUCAUCGUCUUGCCCACUGACUAUUGCUUACAUGUUUUCGUCACUGGUUUGCUGUGGUUGGUCGCUUGCUACUUUGACGGUACUUUCCGUUGAACGCUACCUGGCCAUUGAACAUCAAUUUUUCUACUCUUCAAAGGUGACUGUGCCAAAGGUUCUAGGGGCGACAGCGAUAACUUGGGGUAUCAUGACACUUACACUGGUAGGCUUCCGACUGAUGUCCGAUAGCUCUUUCGAGAUCAGGCAGCUUCCCGUAGCAGUGAACAUUUCCAUUUGCUGUUUGAUCAUUCUCAACUGUGUUGGAAAAGUCUAUCAUACGUCAAGACGACAAAGAGCCAUCAUUGCAGAUAUUACUGCAGUUUCGACGCAACAAGACAUUGACAAAACCAAAAAGAUGUUAAAGGAAUUGAAGUGUUAUUUUGUAUUUGGUUUGGUCAUUAUCUCAACCGUCAUUCUAUACCUACCAAGUUUGGUCACCAAAAUCAUCGGUGUUUCUAUGGGACAGGAGUUCACCCCUGAGUUUAAGUACAUUGGUCAAUUUAUCUGGGUUACAUGUGUCUAUCUCCAGUCAUUGGCCAAUCCUCUCAUCAUCUCACUACGGCUUUCAUAUAUCCGUAAAGGUGUUUUCAAGAAAUUGUUUCGUCAAGAUGGUUGA